AGCUUCUACAGAACCCAGGCCACUGUGUACGAUGCCACACGUCGACGACUUCUUCGCGGUCGCGAGGACAUGCUCGGUCUUCUGGCGGCUCAGUUGAAGUUCAAAGUGGAAAAGGGAGAUUUACAGCAUGGACAGGCUAUUUGGGUUGACAUCGGUGGAGGCACUGGAUAUAAUAUCGAGGCCAUGGCCGAAUUCCUUCCUGUGGACACGUUCUUUUCGCAUGUCUAUCUGGUCGAUCUAUCAACCUCACUCUGCGAAGUUGCCCGCCAGCGCUUUGAGCGGCUGGGAUGGAAGAAUGUCAGCGUCAUCUGUCAGGAUGCUCGGUCGUUCAAUCUGCCAGCGAACAAUCCAGCGAAGUCAAGCAAAGGCGCUGAUAUGGUCACUAUGAGCUAUAGCUUGUCCAUGAUCCCAGACUAUUACAGUGUUGUGGACUCCUUGGCAUCCCUGCUGGCCUCGUCUGGUAUCUUAGGAGUCUGUGAUUUCUAUGUUCAGAGUAUCGUCGACGUGUCUGCUAGGAACUACACCGGUGGAGUUUUCAACCGCCACGUCAACUGGCUUGGACGGGCAUUCUGGCGUGCUUGGUUUGAGGCCGACCGCGUUAGUCUCGAGGCUGCUCGCAGGGAUUAUUUGGAAUACCGCUUUGGGACUGUCGUCUCUGCCAGUGAGAGAAAUUACCUUUUGGGGGGAAUUCCAUAUUAUAUCUUUAUUGGCUGUCAGAAGGAUGCUACGUUAAGUUCAUCAAGCCAUGAGACUAUCAAGAAACUGGACGCUUCCUUCACAGAGUCACCAUACAUGCUACCUGCUAAUCAUCGUGAAGAGAUGGACAAGGCCGUGAAGGAAAGUAAUCGCGAGAUUCGAUCCAAGGCAUAUGAAUCCGCAGUCGUCAAUUUGAGCGCCAACCUUCCGCUUCCCUCUGCUUUCUACCAGAACCACCAUUAUCGCAUCUUCUACAACGACAUGCUUCCUAAGCACACCCAGUUUCAGAACGAAUAUAUAUACGCAUUUAAUUGGGAAGACCCACGCGUGGAUCAUCGACUGCUAAAUAUCGGACAUGACGACGUCAUUCUGGCUAUCACGAGUGCUGGAGAUAAUAUCUUGGACUAUCUCCAGAAAAGUCCUCGGAGAGUACAUGCAGUGGACUUGAAUCCGAACCAGAACCACCUCCUUGAGCUCAAAGUCGCAAGUUUCAUUGCCUUGGGCCAUCGUGAUGUCUGGAAAAUCUUCGGAGAAGGGAAGCACCCUGACUUCCGCCAGCUUUUGAUUUCUCGCUUAAGUCCACAUCUCUCCAGCCAAGCAUUUCAAUAUUGGCUUGAGCACACUCAUGUCUUCACAUCCACUUCUGGGAAGGGGUUAUAUGAGACUGGUGGGUCACGACAUGCGAUCAAAAUGGUCCGAUAUCUGUUCAAGGUCUUUGGUCUUGAGGGUGAGGUCCGAAAGCUGUGUGAAGCGCCAACUUUGAAUGAACAACGGGAGAUCUGGCCGCGAAUCCGUCGUGUCUUAAUGAGCAGACCUCUUCACUGGGCAGUAGUUGGAACAGAGUGGUUUGCGUGGAAGGCUGCCGGAGUUCCUCGAAAUCAGCGAAACAUGAUCAUCAGCGACUUUUUGAAGAGAAACGGCUUGACCGAAGACAUGAAGAAGGCUUCUGAGGUCAGCGGGCAGUCAAUUUGGGAAUACGUCGUGGACACACUGGAUCCAGUCGUCAGGGAGACCCUGAUCAGCAAUGAUAACUAUUUCUAUUAUCUGUGUUUGCAGGGACAGUUUUCAAGGACGUACGGAUCACUGUCUCAACAAAAAAGAAAUAAAAAGCUGACCCAGUGCAGGAGUCAUCCGACGUAUCUGACACCUAAGGCCCAUGUCAAGUUGUCCAGCGCCGGGGCUUUUGACGGCUUAAGAAUCCAUACAGAUGAGAUCAACGAGGUCAUUAAUCGUCUCAGACAUGGAACAUUGACAAUCGCGGUGAUCAUGGACUCCAUGGACUGGUUCGAUCCCAAGGGCGACGAGGCAGCAGCCCAGGUCCAAGCAUUGAACCACUCCUUAAAGAUGGGUGGUCGGGUCCUUCUCCGUUCCGCAAGCAUCGAGCCAUGGUACAUAAAGCAUUUUCAAGAGAACGGCUUCAAGCCUCGUAGGGUUGGUUCGAGGUUCCCGGGGACCUGUAUAGAUAGAGUAAACAUGUACGCAUCGACCUGGAUCUGUACGAAAAAUAAAGAAUUAGGUCGUCCGGCUCCGGAGCGGUCCAUCUCUGAACUCUCGCUGAGUGAGUGUGUGAAGAGUAUGGAUAACGCGAGAUCCAAGAGCGUGGAGCAUCUCAAAAUAUGAAUCUGGGCUGUUCUAUUUAUUCUGAUUUUUAGCGUCAUUUAAAUUCGAGACGAGGUGAAUGGGAAGUCAUUAUUGGAACGAUAUGUAUGGUCCUUUAUUUUGCUGCAAUUUCGGCAGUGUACAUAGCUUUUGGUGUGUAGUGCAAUUCAUGCCUGGUUUAGACAGAGGCCGUCUUGAUUUCUG